AUGCCGGCACCAAAGCUUUAUGGCCGCACUAUUCCAUUUGGACCUUAUACACCAGAGGAUCUAGUGAAGGCACGCCGCCGAUUUCCAGAAGAGAAGCUGGCAUCCAGGGCUCUAGAAAAGUUUGCCCGCGCUAAUUGGGAGGGUUCGAGUAGCAAUAGGUGGUUCUGGAAAGACAACUGCCGCUAUACUUGCGGUGAUGAUAUCAUCUACAAUCAAAUCUGGGUGCCCAGAACCAAAGAAGUUCGUUGUCCUUUCGACUAUAAGAAGUACUUAGUUCCAUUGGGUGGUCCCCCAACACUGUCACAAAUUGACAUACCAAAGCCACAGAGGCUUUCAAAGCUACUCGCGCACAAGAGCGAAAAGCAAUGGGGUUUGCCUCGUGAUCAUCCCCGUCAUCUUUUGAAUUUCCCACAAGAAAUUCUGGACGCAAUUUUUGGGUUCACAUUGAGUACUCAGGAGUAUACUAUUUUGCCUGAUGUCUCCACCUCAAACAAGGUGCACAAGUAUGAAGAUUCCAAACUGCACCAAACUUACAAGUUGGGAAGAAGGGCUUAUGAUGCGGCUCUACCCAAUACGCCUCAAGUCGAAUCUCUCGUUAUAAGCACAGUGAUCCACCAGCAGCGAUAUGACGCCCAGGGGAAAUACUUUGUUCUUCGCAGGGUUUGCCGCCAUCUCAUCGAUGCAACAAUUCUACGAGUUUGUAAGAGCAUCUGCGAUCAGGGAACGAAGCUGUUAUAUGCAGGAAAUGAGUUCGAGUUCAAGACGACGAAGACCGGCAAAUUGGGUGCCUCAGCUAGCCUUUUUGAUGGCAUAUUGUAUCCAAACUCUUUGUCGAAUAGGUCCUUUUGUCAAGGAAGAGAUGAGCCACAAGCCACAGAAUUACGACGACGAAUGGCCGGUGAUGCUAUCAAUAUCAUCGAAAACAGAACACCGGUGCUAGAUCUCGACUUUGACAUGUAUCACGAUCUCUUUGUACGAUUUCUUUGUGUGAUUGGACCCAGCAAAGCCGCCAUGAUCAAGACUCUACAUUUUAUUGGACCUGUCAAGUCACACUAUUGCUCUCAGGACUCCAGCUGUACAAAACUUGUCAAGUGGUGCAAAGAUGACUUGAUCGAGAGUCUUCUCUUAUAUAUUACUCUCAUAAAGAGAUUUUGCACGAACUUGCAAAAGUUAGUGAUUGUCAUGACUAAAGACUACGAAACAAGCGAUAACCUGUGGGGAAGUCGCACAGUCUAUGACUUUGACGAAAGAGAACGCGAGUGUUAUGCACGCCUGCAAGCUUUGCUAGAAAAUCAAAUCAGGGAGUUUGACACGGUCCAAGAUCUACAGGUCUACGAGGAUGACCGGCUGGAAGUAGAGUGCGCAAAAGAAACAGAGGCAUGGUUUUCUGAGAGAACUCGCCAGCGGGGACUUGAGGCGCUUGCAAAGGCAAAGCUGCAGAGCAGGAUGCAGGAUUUGACUGUUGGCGAUGAUGAUGCCACUAGCUAUGUCGAAACUUUUGUCUGA